AAAACAGUCAUUAUUUUGAAUUCCAAAAAAAGCAUACUUCUAUUUGCUCUGACAGCUCUCCUUCGGCCUACUCCCUUCCUCUCUCACUCUACCCCAAGCAUUGUACUCAAGAGAGAGAAACAUACUACUCCAUCAUAUCCGUAACACUUUACAUUCAAUCAAUCAAUGGCUGGAUACAUCGGAAUUCUUGUUUCAGAUCCAUGGCUUCAAAAUCAGUUCACUCAAGUCGAGCUUCGCAGCUUGAAAUCACAGUUUCAUACAAUGAGGAGAGAAAGUGGACCUCUUACUCUAGCCGAUUUGCCAGCGAAGAUGUCGAAACUCAAAGUUGUUGGAGAAAAUUUAACUGAAGAGGAAAGAGAUUCGUUUCUCAAGAGUAAUUACGAGAAUUUGAAUGAUCAAGUUGAUUUUGAGCUUUUUCUUAGGGUGUAUUUGAAGCUGCACACACAUGCAAGUUCAAAAAUGGGAAGUCCAGCAAAGAAUUCGUCAGCCUUUCUUAAAGCCGCUACUACAACAUUGCUUCACACAAUAAGCGAGUCGGAGAAAGCUUCUUAUGUAUCACAUAUCAACAAUUAUCUUGGAGAAGACAAAUUCUUGAAGCAGUACCUUCCCAUUGAUCCCUCAACUAAUGAUUUGUUUGAGAUCGUAAAGGAUGGAGUUCUUCUCUGUAAACUUAUCAAUGUUGCGGUUCCUGGGACAAUUGAUGAACGUGCGAUUAACAUGAAGAGAAUGCUUAAUCCAUGGGAGAGAAAUGAAAACCAUACUCUAUGCUUUAAUUCAGCUAAGGCUAUAGGGUGUACAUUGGUUAAUAUUGGUACACAAGACUUCAUUGAAGGAAGGCGCCAUCUUGUGCUGGGAUUAAUUGCACAAAUUAUAAAGAUACAACUUUUGGCGGACCUGAACUUGAAGAAAACACCUCAGUUGGUUGAGUUAGUGGAUAGCAGUGAGGAUGCAGAAGAGUUGAUGAGUCUUCCACCAGAAAAGAUCUUGUUGAGAUGGAUGAACUUCCAGCUAAAAAAGGCUGGCUACAGGAAAGUCAUCACUAACUUCUCCUCUGACAUAAAGGAUGCAGAAGCUUAUGCUCACCUCUUAAACGUCCUUGCGCCAGAACACAUUAAUCCCCAGACAUUGAAAGCUAAGGAUCCGCUUCAAAGAGCUAAAUUAGUACUUGAACAUGCUGAUAAGAUGGGAUGUAAGAGAUACUUGACAGCGAAGGACAUAGUGGAAGGUUCACCAAAUCUCAACCUUGCCUUUGUCGCACACAUUUUUCAGCAUAGGAAUGGACUCUCUACCCAGGUGAAAGACAUAUCUUUUCUCGAAGUUUCACCAGAUGAUGCUCAGGUCUCGCGGGAAGAAAGAGCUUUUCGCUUUUGGUUAAAUAGUCUUGGUAAUUCAACAUCCAUUGACAAUGUAUUUGAAGAUCUAAGAGACGGAUGGAUACUCUUGGAGACUUUGGACAAGAUCUCACCUGGAAUUGUCAAUUGGAAGAUUGCUAGCAAGCCUCCAAUCAAGAUGCCAUUCAAGAAAGUCGAGAACUGCAAUCAAGCAAUAAAGUUGGGGAAGCAAUUGAAGUUCUCCUUGGUCAAUAUUGCUGGAAAUGAUAUCGUACAAGGAAAUAAGAAGUUGAUUUUAGCUUAUUUGUGGCAAUUGAUGCGAUGCAACAUGAUGCAACUUUUAAGAAAUUUAAGAUUCCAUUCUCAUGGCAAGGAAAUCAAUGAUGGUGAUAUUCUAGAAUGGGCUAACAAUCUGGUGAAAAACUCCAGAGGCCAGUCACGUAUGAGCAGUUUUAAGGAUAAGAGUUUAUCCGAUGGCAUGUUUUUCCUUGAGCUUCUAAGUGCAGUGCAGCCAAGAGUAGUAAAUUGGAGCCUUGUUACAAAGGGAGUAAGUGAUGAGGAGAAAAAGAUGAAUGCCUCCUAUAUCAUCAGUAUUGCGAGGAAACUUGGAUGUUCUAUAUUUCUACUUCCUGAAGACAUCACCGAGGUCAACCAAAAGAUGAUCCUUACUUUGACAGCAAGCAUAAUGUAUUGGUUCUUGAAUCAACCCGUCGAUGAUAAAUCAUCGAGUUCUUCAGAUAGCGAGAAUGGAAGUCAAUCAGAAACAUUAUCAAACUCGACUCUGGAUGAUGCUGCAUCUGAAUCAUCAUUAGAGUAGUAGUGGAUUUGGUUUAUACAAUAAUAUGAUAUACUUCAUGCAUGUAUCUGGGAACUUUUGACUCAAGUUCCUUCAUCCCUUAAUGAUAUGUUUCUUUUACCCCUUUAUUUUUGUUACUUCAAUUCUUCUAUUAAAGGGUUUGAUUUUCUUAUUAUUUGAUUGCAUGAGAAUGAUAGGAAGUGAGCAUUUUUUCUGUGAAGUCAUUUUUUGGGAAAAGAAGUUAAAUGUGAAUAUUCAGCAGUAAUGUAAUUUAUGUUGUGAAACUUUAACAGGAUUAUAUUGUAAUUUGUAAAGGGCUAGCUUCUUUGAGUUAUACUAUUGUUAUAUGUAAUCAAAUUUUUAUUGAAUACUUCUUUGA